GUGGUUGGUCCAAAAAAUCUGAAUGCUGGGAUAUCUAAGAGUUUGGAAGUGAAAGAGAUGAGCUGGGUUCCUGAGUCUGCAAUUGUUUUCGGUGAAGGGUCUUGUUCUUCUUUUAGGUCUGAACCAUCUUUGGAAGGUUCAACGGUAUUUAAAACUGGCCUUUCUGAGGCUAGUUUUUCCGGGACCUUUCUAAAGAAUGGGAAGCCUAGAAAAAGGCCGUUCAAGAGUAGAAGACGCAAGACUGUUAAGCAGGUGAUUGGUGGUACUGUUCAGGAAGAGAUUCCAGAGGUUGACAAAGCUAAAGAGUUGAUGGCUGAGAGAGCAGAGAUAGUGGUGUACAAAAGGAAAGCUACUGAUGAGGCUAAAGUUCCAUCAAAGGUUGCUAAGCGCAACACCAAAGAGAUGGUCCCAAAGGAGGGACUGUCCAAGCAAGAUGUUGUUGUUGAUUUGCAAGAGUGGCUGGGUUAUGAGAGGGUUUACACUGUGAAUCCAGUUGGUUUAAGUGGUGGGUUGGCUCUAUUCUGGAAGAAAGGUGUAAGUGUAGAUAUUAAGUAUGCUGACAAGAACCUCAUUGACUUGUUUGUACAGUUUGGGUCAGUUGAGUUUCAUGUUUCUUGUGUGUAUGGUGACCCGGCCUAUAGUUCUAGGCCGCUUUUGUGGGAAAGAUUAUCCAGGAUUGGAGUCAAGAGUAAAGAAAGUUGGUGUAUGGUCGGAGACUUCAAUGCCAUCAUUCACAAUGGUGAGAAGCUAGGAGGACCUAGAAGAGGAGAUGCGUCUUUCCUUCCCUUUAAAGAGAUGCUUCAAACUUGUGGUAUGACUGAACUACCAAGUCAAGGGAAUAGUUUUACUUGGGGUGGGAUGAGAAGCAAUAUGUGGAUUCAGAGCAAACUUGACAGGUGUUUUGGCAACAAAAGAUGGUCUACUCAGUUUCCUAUUGCGAAUCAAACAUUCUUGGAGAAGAGAGGUUCUGAUCAUAGGCCUGUUUUGAGGUUAAAGAGGCUAUUCAAAAGGCGUGGAGGAGUGGUAACAGGAACAGGGCUGAAAAGGUUUCAGACAAGCUGAAGUUAUGCAGAAAAGAGUUAAGCAAGUGGAAAAGGAAGAAUAAUUUGAAUGCUCUUAG